UGCCAACUCUCAUAGAUACAGAGGCAGAAUCGGAAGCGUUCAGAAUCGAUAAGUUGUUACCGAAAAAAUCAUGUCUCGCUUAGUUCCAGUGGAUUAUUUUGAUUGGGGAUUUUUUGAUAGACAAAAGUCACUUUUUCCAAAGUUCAAAGGCAUUUUUAAUGAAAGUUUUGAGGAUUUUGAUAAGGAAUUGGAACAGAUCAGAAAAGAGAUGUUUCAGUUGACCCCUCUGGACUUUGGUGCUGGGUUUGACAAAGACCCUUUUGGUAAAGACUUUUUUGGGAAGGAUAAGGACUUCUUUGGAAAGGAUCCUUUUGCAGGGUUUGGUUCAAGCAUGUUAAAAGUAGAGAAACCUUUCAUUGAAGAUAUUUCCGGAAAUAAGAAAUUGAAUCUGAAAUUCGACUGUAGUCAGUUUAAACCGGAAGAAAUCACGGUAAAGACUGUGGACCGGAACUUAACAGUACAAGCUAAACACGUGGAGGAAUCACCUGGGAAGAAAAUCCACAGAGAAUUCACCAAGUCCUACACACUUCCGGAAAACAUUGACCCCAUGAAGGUCACUUCCACGUUGUCCGGAGAUGGCGUCCUAUGUAUUGAAGCACCUGCCCCCAAGAGUGUGGAGGUUCGCAACGAAAGAAUCAUUCCCAUUGAAAAAUUGGCAAUCAAGUAAUAACAUUUCUUUGUAAUGAACAUUGAGAGAACUGAGGCAAUUGAUUUAAAGUUUGUGAUAUUUUUACUAGGCAGUUAUACAGGAUAUUCAUGUUUACAUUGUCAUAUAAUUAAAAAGAUUCAAAUUAAAUGAUCUCCUGAUUAAACAAAUUCAUAGACCGCAAA